GUGAAUUGACCGUUUACAUCAUCAUUGCUUAUCUUAAAAUCAUUGUGAUUGCUCCACAUCAAGAUUAAGACUUCUGAUAAUAAACUGACAUUUUAUAUUUUCUUUUGAUUAAUCGCAUCAGUAUGGCGACAUAUUAACAGGUAUUAUAUAAGCUCUUGCUCUUUACAAUUCUUUCUAAUCUUGUUCUUUUUCCUUCUUGUUUAAUCAUUUUCGUUCUCGUUCUUCCUAAAUGUUAAUUUAGUUGCGCAUUGGAUUUCGAAUACCGAUGUUUUUUCGCCGCUUUUUUUUCUCGCUCAUUUUUUAAUGAGUCAUUUGAAAAGUAUGCGAGACUCGAUGCUCAUUAUGAAUAUCGUCGCAAAUGUUUUCGUGUUUAAAUGUAUGCACGUGUCGCUAUCGGCUAGUAUGCAAAUUACUAGCCUGUAAUUUUCGUAAAUUUUGCAAUGCAAAAAUUGUUGAGCUUUAAGUAGCCAAUGGAUCGACGGGUGUGCCUCGAAAAGCCGAUACUUUAAGUCGCACUCGUAAAGAAAGAGGAACAACUGUACUUUCUAGCACAGCUGGUUCGCCGAGCGAUUGGUUUUCACGAUUCGUAUAUAGGUGUGCAUAUGUGCAGACGACGCUCACAUGUAUGUACGCUGACCGUUGCGUUUCCUGUCUAAAAAUAGAACCAAGCUGCGCGAUCGUUUAUUCACUCUAAACACACGCGCUUCUCUUCCUCCUCGAUUUGCAGGCUCUCACGCAGAUAUAGCUUUAUCGGCAGUAUUAGAGCACGCAACGGCGAUUCUGUAUUAGCGUUGAACUUCUGACAGUUGGAGCGAGCGAUACGCGAGUGUAGCAGGCUCGAAAGGAACCCUGAAUAUUUUUUUGUUCAAGGCUUUCAAUUUUAUCAACGAUUCGCAUUCCUGAUGACUUAUUUCAGUGUGUUAUACCUGUCUGCUUAUGUCACUUGGUUUGGACGGACGACCUUAGCGAUUCUCUUGAUAGCGAAUUGCUUGACUUAAAAUUGAAGAAAAACAAAGCAUAAAGUUGUUUUACGUAACGCCAGUCUGUAUAUAUUCUUGAGCUUUCACUUGUGUCAUUGACAUGCUGAGAUGCGCAUUUUUAUGUACCAGUGAGCGAUGAUUCACAAUUUAUCAUUUUUGUUGUUGGAAUUUUCAAUGUGUUCCAAGUAUACAAAAUUGAGGAUGUUGUGCGCCCUUUGAAUAUUUAUAUCGAGAUUUCCAUUUUGCCAAUGUUCUUUUUUAUCAAAUUGCGCAUGGAAAAGCUGGCAAGUGCUUGUUUGCAUCUUAAAAGUUUUAUAAUGUAAUUUCUUCAUUUUACGUUUCAUUUUUCGAAUAAAUACAAAGUUUGAAUAAAACAUUUAAAUAAAAAAUCGUUUAAAUCUAUCCCUAGAUGAUCAUAUGUUCAAACAGGACCCGUAUGCGAAUUAAUUGUAAUAUCUAGAUGUCAUCGAUUGUACAUCAGAUAACAUGAUCGACAUAAAUGCGAUAAAAGCGAAAUGUUCAAGCGAAACGUUAAUUAAAAGAGUUUUUUUGAUGCAGAUCCGGUGGUUCACCGCGAUAAUGUACUUAUAUGUGGUAAGUGCUCGUACUGAGGAGGAUCAAUCUAUGACGGCAAAUGCUCACGAAUCUCUAGUCGUAGCCAACAACAAUCAAAUGCCAGAAAAAUGUUUCUACCGUGGUCCAUCCGAGUGUCCACCAGCUGGAGCAAAUCCUUGCAAAAGGAUAACAUUGUCAAAUGUAGGCACUGAGAACGUUGCUGUUUUCUGCUGUAACUUAACGAAUCAUACGGAAUUCGAAUCUGCGCUUGCUCGUGUUAAUUUCCCAUCCAAUGUCUCGUACAUUCACAUCAGAAAUGCGACGUUGAAUUACGUUAACACCAAUGAAGUUCGAUGGAGGAUGUUGAAAUCGUUGGCUAUAACUGACGGAAGAAUCAGUCGAAUUAAAGGACAGUUUCUCAUAAUGACGCCGAUGGUGUGUUUGAAUUUAUCUAACAAUGCUUUAUUAGAAAUGGAAAAUAGUUCCUUGAUUCGACUUUCGCAAUUGACGACUUUGGAUUUAUCUUACAAUAAUUUAACACAUUUACCGACUUUGAAUAUCAUGAAUGGCAGAGAAUUUUGGUUGGACAUUUGCGGAACUAAUACUUUACUGUGUCAUGACAUUCAACAAAAUGUCAAUAAAACUGGUGAGAAUCAAAUAAUCUUUAAUCGAGAAAAUGAGACUUUAUGUUCGACUAAGAAAAAUUGGCACUGGUUUAAUUCAACCGAAGAGAUUCCACUGAAGUCGGUCCGGUAUAUCAGUUCGUUACAAAGUGAAUGCCCAAAAGGAGAAAAUUGGCACUGUAUUUGUGAAUUCGACAGAUUAGAGUUUUUGCCAGACACAAUGCCAACUAUGGCAGUAAAUGUGGAUUGUAGUAAUAAUCAAUUGACCCAACUACCAAAGAAAUUACCUCGAAAUACUGUCAAGUUAAAUGUCUCUUAUAAUAACAUCACUACUCUUGACGAAUUAUAUACCAACCCAAAUUAUGACGACCUUAGAGAGUUCACUGCUGAUUAUAACAAUAUAUCAUCUAUUAAUACAUUAGAAGGAUCGAAAUUUUUAGAUAGUUUUGCUUUUCUAAGUUUGCGACAUAAUAAAAUUAAAUCUCUACCUACUUAUAUAUUAGCUUCCAAUUUUGACAAAAGUUAUAGUACCAGUAGAUACGGGAUUCGAUUUGGAGGAAAUGAACUUCACUGUGAUUGUAAUACAGCCAAAUUUUUAAAGAUUUGGCUUCAAACGAGAAUAACAGACCCCGAUGAAGUACUUUGCGAGAACGUGAAAGAAAAAGUCAUUGAUUUAGAGCCAUCAAAGAUGUGCGUUUAUCCUGGAGACUGGACUGAUUACAUCUAUUAUAUAAUUGCUACUGAAGUGCUCUUGUUAAUCGGAUUAAUCGCUAAAGUUUCAUAUGACUAUUGGGUGUUCAAGACUGCAGGGUAUCUUCCAUGGCCUGCUAAUAAAAUGCCUAAACUACCUUGUGACUGGUUAUGUGAAACAUAAUCUAUCCAUUGACUGCAUAUAUCAUUCAACCAUGAUUGAACAUUCAAUCCUGGCUAAAAUAUAUAGUUAGAUAUUCUUAAAAAAUAAGUAUCAAAACGAAUUUAAUAUUUCUAAUAGGAGUGGUAGGUUUUUAUCUAUUUCUACAUAAUAUUAUGUUCUUUUUUUAUUUGAUUUAAUUAUUAUUAGAUUUUUAUAACUAAUUUUAUAAGAAAUUUUUGAAACAUUUUUAAUUACGUGUAUAUUUUUAUUAUAAAAGUAUUCAUUGCCAUUUUUCUCAAUUUCAAUUGAAUGAAAUUAAUCAUUAUAUUAGAUGUAUGUAACUUUAUUGUUAUGAAAGCUAGCUGUGAUUAUUUUUUUGUCCAUGACUUUUAAAUUAACAAACGAAUUUGACUGCAUUAUCAACAUAUUUUGUAAUAUCUAGUCUGUAAAACUUUUUUAAGAAGUCUAUUUCUGCAUAUCAUAUGUAUGUACAAAAUGAAACUUGCAUAAAUACAACUCUAAAGUGUAUGCUUGUAACGACAUUAUUUCUCAUGUUUUAUAUUACAACCUCGUUUUGUUAUGUGUUGUACUAAACAAGAAAUUUACAUAGCAUAUAUAUAUAUAUAUAUAUAUAUAUAUAGUGCAAACGAUCAAGAAUAUAUUAGCUGGAAAUGAAUUUUGAAAAAACUUGUACUAUGUAAGAUUGAAAUUGAACAAAUUCUCUUUCUUUUCU